AUGGAGUCUUCACGGCUCGGUGAAAUUCCUGUAGAAGGCGACGAUGAAGUUACCGGUCCGUUACCGGAAAUGAUGUUCGCCGAGGGUGAAGAACCCGUCGGUGUUAGGGUUCUUACUUACCAGUCUUCGCGUGCGAUAAACACAAUUCUCGAUGCACUGGAGGAUGAAGAGAUCCAGUUCCUCCGGUCAACAUCUUUCGGAAAGUUGGUAGAAAUCGCAGAGAAACCCGGGUUUUCCGGUAGAUUUGCUAGAUAUCUUCUCUCAAGGCAACUAAAAGUAGAGAAAAAGCACGAAGCUUGGUUUCGCUUUGCCGGCAAACCAAUUAGAUUUUCCCUCCGAGAGUUUGCCAUUGUUACCGGUCUUCCUUGUGGUGAAUUCCCAAAGAAAGCAAAGUCCAAGAGGAAGAAACACAUCAAUGAGAAACCGUACUGGCCAGAGAUCUUUGGAAGAGUAGAAGAAAUGAGAGUUUCUAGGGCGGUUAAGAUGCUUAGGAAAAAAACCGUAACCGACAAAGAUAUCUGGAUGAAACUCGCUUGCCUUGCAAUUGUGUCUUCUGUUUUGCUGUCUACUAAUCUCCGGAUGAAGAUGUUGAAGGAAUACGCUGAGAUGCUAGUCGAUAUGGAAGAGUUCUUUGCCUUCCCGUGGGGGAGACUAGCUUUUGAUAUGUUGAUGACAAGUAUCAAAAAGAGAGAUGAGAUAUCUCUAUCGCAAAACACAAUUGCGUUGAAAGGGUUUGCGCUUGCGCUCCAACUAGUUAUCGUUGAAGCGGUUCCUGCUCUGACGGAAGUCGUUCAAGAAGCUUGUUCCUCGUCAGAAUCGGACAGCGACGAUGAGAACGCAGAUCGUCAUGCCAGUCAGACUAAGAAGCAGACAUUGUGUCCUAGCCAUGCUCGGGAAGUUGAUAGGAAAGCUGAGGCAAAGGUGACGAGCAUUAUUCCAGCAGAUCCUCGAACGCCAGUGAACGAUUCUUUGGUUAACUGGUCGGAUGAUGUUGUAGAUGCCAAAGUUGAGAACUUGGUGCGCAUUAUAUCGAAGAAUCAGCUUAUUCGUAAGGAAAUGUUUCGAGGUGGGGUCAGUAAAGUGGAUGUUGAGAGGAUGCGUGCGAAUGUUAAAGACGGGGGAAAAAGAAAACCGCAAAACCAGAAGCAUAAGGACGUAGCUGUACACCGACCUGAGGAAGCGAAAAUGAAAUCUCUUAUUAAUUCAGUCCUCAGACCUGAGAUAGAUCGGAUCGAUGCGACUAUUGCUGCUGCUGUUGCAUCCGUAAAGGAGAUCUCUUCGAGUGGUUUCGCUUAUCAGUCUUCUGUUGUUGCUACUGUUGAGGCAAUGCUCCGGAAUUUUAAAACGGAAAUCCUAGCUUGCUUCCCUAAAGAAUUUCGUAAGGCCCCAGUCGAAGGUGUACACCCCACCGCAGUUGGUCUUGAAGGUGCGAGUGGAGAAGUCCCUACAAAUAGGAGUCCACCAGCAGCUAAUGGAGUGGGAAGGAGAGAUGUUCGUCAAUACUCCACCCCUGCUAUGCUCGGUUCGAACGAGGAUAUAGUUGACGAUGUCAUGGGAAAUCUUAGUCAUUACUCAACUCCCCCAGCUUCAAGAAAACGGUGGCAAGGAUCUGAGGCUGAGUCUCGUAGGCAGGAACGUCAAAAAUUUGUCGGCGGAGAAGCACCAGAAAACAUGCGUCUCAAUGUGUCCCGCAGUCUGCAGUCAGAGAAGCCAACCUCUGCGAGACGGCUAUCUCUGCAUGUUUCAGAUGUAAAGCUGUUCACUGUCAUUGGAUUAGUCUCGCUUUCUGCGUUGGAGCCUCGCAAGAGUGGUUCGGUUGCUUGCGGAGUGCGUGAACAGGUUCAUCAGGCAUCUCUUUCCGCUCAGAGCCAGACCCACGAUAGCGGCAGACAGAAUGCGGCCCACCUUCCUCGAGAACCUGAGAUUCCUUCUUUCUCACUUGGCCUAACUCAGGAACUUCGCACGGUGGUGCAAUCAGAUAUAGUGGAAUUGGGAGAAAAAAACAAAAGUAAGAAAGCUGAAGAUGACAUUGAAGCAGAGGUGGGUGAUAAUGAAGAUAGUUUUAUAUGCCGUAAAAGCAAGCGGUUGAGGCACAUUCCUCCCCAACUUAUCAAUGACUACCACUGUGGGGCCGUAAUCUUGAAUCGGGCUCGUGAAGAGCAACAUUUUGUGAACAGUCCCUCCGACUAUUCUGAGAUUUGUGAGAAGUAUACGCGGCUGAAGAUGCUACUGAAGAAAGACUGUUCACAUACGGUUGCAGACAUAGACAUUUGUAUCGUAUGUGCCGUUUCCUCACUCACACUUCUUUCUAGUGUAUUCAAUGUUGGGGGGCUGUCUGUAACGGGGAAGGACUUGAUUGAUAUAGGAGAACGGAAGAGAUUCCUUCCUGGCAGAGUCUUGGAUAUUCUUACAAGGCUUGUUGCUUCUACCUUCAAGAAGGAAGCGUUGGGUGGAGGCGAUACCGCACCUGUGUUUCUGGACAGUCGUCUUCAGUGUUUGCUAUCAAGGAAUUAUCCUAGGUUUAAAAAAACAAAGUCCAAGGAAGGUUAUGUUUUCAGUAAUGCAAUGGUCGAUUUGGUUUCAAAGAGUUAUAGCAGAGAAAUUGAAGUAGGCAGGUUCUACAUUCCGUUCAACGUCGAUCGGAAGCACUGGGUUGGCCUUUGUGUUGAUAUCCGCUCUUCGAAGAUAUUUGUUUUCGAUUCUAACAUGGAUGUUAUUAUGGACGACGCUUUGGUUAAUGGGAACGAAAUGGUCGUGGAAAGAAUGAAAGGCCUGUCGCAAAACACAAAUCCAGCGGAUUCUGCGUUGACCGCCUGUCUGUUUAUGCAAACACAUGCGUUGUUUGGUUUCGAUGUGUGUAGGUCUCUCACGCCAACUGUCAUUCCAGCGGAAGCACGUAAGGCUGCGAUACUUAUCUACGAGUUUCAUAAGAAGUUGUAG